GUUGAUGAUGAGGGCAGUUAUAGGUCUGAUGUACUUGAAUAUGAGCAGCACAGGGAUCUGGAAACAGUUCAAUUUAUAAGAUAUGUUCCACCUCGCUUCUAUUAUACAUGUGUUGUUCACCUUGCAGUAGAAGCUCCAGUUUCUGACAUCAGGAUCCAUCAGGAUGGAAACAGGAUCACCUGCAGCUCAGAGGGGAUCUACCCUCAACCUGAACUCACCUGGUCCACUGAGCCUCCAUCCAACACGGCUCUGAAUGAAACUACCAGGAUCCAUCAGACUGAGGAGAAGCUUUACAACAUCAGCAGCUCUCUGACGGGUCCAGAUCUGAUCUACAGCUGCAGCAUCAGAACCUGGGGCAACCAGAGGAGAGCAACUUUAGAUAUUCCAGUCUCUGUGGGUUUCUCAGGUUCUCAGGUCUCAAUCUGCUGCUCUUCCUUCAACAUUUCUGCCUCCAGUUUGGUCUGGAGGUUCAACCACAUUCAGAUCAUCCUGACCAAGACUGACAGAAACAUCUACAACGUCUCAGAGGACUGGAGGAAACAUGUGAGGAACRUUUCAGCGUCCGGCAGCCUCACGUUACAGGAUCUGACCUCAGAUCAGGAGGGAGUUUACAGCUGUGAGCUCAGUGACGAUGAGGAGACCAUUAUAACUCAGCUCUAUCUGAGGAGGACUGGAGAGAAUCUGGUGGUUUCUGAACUCAUCAGACGGACGGUGGUUUGUGUUGUGAUUGCAGCAGCAGCAGCUGGAUUCAUGAUGCUCUACAAGAAGAAAGUGGAGGAAAGUGAAGCUCUGCAGCUUUAAACCUUUCAUUCAUUCAGAGACUGGUUUGGUUUUAAUUCUCCCAUUUUACCGUCAACAUGAUUCAUGAACUUUGAUGUAGUUUCACUAAAUGAUCAGAUCUUCAUGUCAUCUGAGGUGAUUCUCAGAUUUGGAGAUAUUUCUGUUGUUUCAUUUUCUGCCCAGUAAAAAAUAUUCUUUAUA